AUGGAAAUAGAGGAUGAACUAAAGAGACUGGCUGAGAAACUUCACAGAGAAAGUACAUUAACAUCCAAAGGGAACCCUUCCAUUUACACAAUCCCCUUAGAGAAGAAGACAAUUGACAUGGAUGGACACCGUGUAAAAUGCUCCUUUGGAAAACCUACCAAAAAACAUAGCGUGAGGGCAAUCAUGGUUCUUGGAACAACAGGAGCAGGAAAAACAACCCUCAUCAAUGGAAUGAUCAACUACAUCCUGGGUGUGGAAUGGGAGGACAACUUCAGAUUUAAAUUAAUAGAUGAAGGGACAGGAAGAUCCCAGGCUGAAAGUCAGACAUCCUCAAUCACUGCCUAUGAACUUCACCAUCGAGAAGGAUUCCAGAUUGAUUACUCUCUCACUAUCAUUGACACUCCGGGAUUUGGAGAUACCAGGGGGAUAACCCAAGAUAAAUUGAUCACUGAUCAAAUCUGAGAGUUCUUUUCUUCCCCAGCUGGUGUUGAUCAGAUCGACACCGUGUGUUUUGUUACUCAAGCCUCUUUGGCUCGAUUGACUCUCACACAGAAAUAUAUCUUUGAUUCAAUUCUCUCCAUUUUUGGCAAAGACAUUGCAGAGAACAUCCAAAUCCUGGUGACAUUUGCAGAUGGGCAAAUUCCCCCAAUUCCAGAGGCCAUCAAUGUUGCUGAGGUACCAUGUCCCAAAGAUAAAAAAGGUUUUCCAGUUCACUUCAAGUUCAACAAUUCAGCCAUAUUUGCUCAAAAUGAGGAGGAUGGUGAUAACUUUGAUGCAAUGUUCUGGAAGAUGGGAUCAAACAGUAUGAAGAAAUUCUUUAGAGCUCUGAACAAAAUGGAAACAAAGAGUUUAUGCUUGACAAAGGAAGUCCUCAGGGAACGUCAGCAGCUAGAAACUGCAAUAGAGGGAUUGCAGCCUCAGAUCAAAGCUGGUAUGAUGAAACUGGAGGAGAUCAGGAGGACACAACAGGCUUUGAACCAACACCAGGUUGACCUGGAUGCAAAUAAAGAUUUUGAGUAUGAAGUUGAAAUCACAGUUCCUGUACAGAUAGAAAUCAGUGGGACUGGUAAAUAUAUAACCAACUGUCAGAAAUGUCACUUCACCUGUCACCGUCCCUGCACUAUUCCUAAUGAUGAUAAUAAAUUGGGAUGUGUAGCAAUGAACUGGAGUAGACACUGCUCAGUCUGUCUUCAUAAAUGCAUGUGGUCUGUUCAUUAUAAUAAAAAUACAGAAAUUAAAACCAUAAAAGAUGAAGACAAUGUACAAUGA